AUGUUUUUUUAUCUAUCUAUCUAUCUAUCUAUCUAUCUAUCUAUCUAUCUAAUUCCCGCCAACUAUUAUCUAUCAAUCUCAUUCGAUUAUUAUCUGUCUAUUCCUAUCGAUUUCUAUGCCAACAUCAGUUCAUCACAAUGGCCACGGCACUUGCCAGAAAUACUAACUUCCCUUCCCUUUUCUUCUUUUGCCAACAUCAAAUACAUUCUAUUUAUUUCCUGUCUGCCGGAGUUCUUCUUCUUCUUCUUCUUCUUCUUCUUCUUCUUCUUCUAUUGCUGCUGCUACCGCGACUACGCACGUUUCUACCAACAGCUACCACUGCAAAUACCAUGGCUGUGUGCCGUCAACUACACACUCACGCGAUGUAACAUCCACUUACAUACAUGCAUAAGGGAACAAAUACGCCCAGACAUCGGACCCCGUAUGCACAGAUAUGCACUUACACACGAGGACUCUUGGAACACACGCGCCUACACGUGCUCAGGCGUGCUAAAACGGAUUUCGCUAACGUUCACUUUUUUAUAUUUUCAGCAGAACAGAGAAUCGUUUGUUCCCGUUCAACCUCAUUCCUUGCAUGACCUCCACAUUACGACUUAA